AUGGCGUCCAACAUGGCGUCGAGUCUGGCUGGCGCGACAAUAAAUCUCCUCCGCCGACAGGUGGAAGACGUCGAUCCAGAUGAACCCUCAGAAGCCGGUCAGAAAGAAAUCUUUUCCUCAUGGGCGCUCUUCAUCCUGAUCAUGCUGCUCAUUGCCGCCCUUUUCACGAGUUAUAUUCUGCAACAGAAAAGGAUCCAGGCCGUCCAUGAAACAGUCAUCUCUAUAUUCGCCGGAAUGGUGGUCGGAUUGAUUAUACGAAUUACGCCUGGAACUGCCAUACAAGACACCGUCAGCUUCGACUAUCAGUUCUUCUUCAACCUCCUUCUCCCACCCAUCAUUCUAGCCUCUGGCUACGAGUUACAUCAGGCAAACUUUUUCCGCAAUAUCGGGACCAUUCUUACCUUUGCGUUCGCCGGAACAUUCAUUUCCGCCGUCUCGUUGGGUUUAAUUCUUUGGCUGUGGACAAGAAUCCCUUUCGACGGUUUAACCAUCACUUGGGUUGAGGCCAUUUCCGUGGGCGCAACCCUCUCCGCAACAGAUCCCGUUACUAUUCUCGCCAUCUUCAACAUCUACAAGGUCGAACCCAAACUAUAUACCGUCAUUUUCGGCGAAUCCAUCCUCAAUGAUGCCAUUGCCAUUGUCUUAUUCGAGACUGCCCAGAGGUACCGAGAAGGAGCCGCUGGAAAUUUGAACAUCAUCAGCCUAUUCGAAGCCAUUGGCAUUUUCUUGCUGGUAUUUUUUACCAGUUUAUUGAUUGGUGUAAUCGUGGGUGUCGGAACGGCUCUUGCCCUGAAAUACACUCUCGUUCGAAGAUUUCCAAAGAUCGAGAGUUGUCUGAUUGUCUUGAUCGCAUAUGCAAGCUACUUCUUUUCCAACGGCGUGCAUAUGUCAGGUAUCGUGUCACUCUUGUUCUGUGGAAUCACCCUCAAACACUACGCAUAUUACAACAUGUCGAGACGCACGCAACUCACUACCAAAUUUGUUUUCCAAAUCACCGCCCAGCUUUCCGAAAAUUUCAUCUUCAUCUAUCUCGGACUCGCCUUAUUCACGGAAACAGAUCUUGUUUUCAAACCUCUUUUUAUUCUCGUCACAGUGGUCGGUAUUUGCGGGGCGCGAUGGUUAGCGGUAUUUCCACUCUCAAGAGCAAUCAACUACAUUAUUCGGCUUCGCGCCAAACGAAAAGGUCGUGACGUGGCAGAGGAACUUCCAUGGCAUUAUCAAGCCAUGUUAUUCUGGGCAGGGCUUCGUGGUGCUGUUGGUGUUGCCCUCGCCGCGGGACUUCAAGGAAACGAAGGCCCUGCCCUCCGUGCCACUGUUCUUGUUGUCGUGGUGCUGACUGUAAUCAUCUUCGGUGGUACCACGGCCCGCAUGCUGGAAAUCCUUGGAAUUCGUACUGGUGUGGUCGAAGAAAUCGACUCGGAUGACGAAUUCGAUAUUGAAACCGCCAAUGGCGGCACAUAUUACAAGCGCUCGGGUACAGGCUUCGGUCACAAUCCCCGGUCAUCUAUCGGCCUCGACUACGUUGGCAACAGCCGGCCUGGAGGAGUAAAUGGCUCCGCCUCACGUCCCCGAAAUGACAGAGGCUAUAGUAGCAGCAAUGGUCGAUCGCCACCAUUCAGCCAAGCCAAAAAUGGGAACCACCGCAAGAACUCCACCAUCAGCCAACGCGAACGCGAAGCUGCCGCUCAGCAAGGCACGCUUUUGUCAGGUCACGGCAGCAACAGCGGUUCUACGAGUGACGAUGAAGACGCCGCCGACUUGGACCUUCCUCCCGUCGCACCCAGACGCAAACCUUCACCUUUAGCCAUGCCUCCAACAGGUCCAGAAGACCCCAAAUCCCAUUCCGCGCCCGAGAUCGGCCUGGACAACGACCAGGACCCUGCCGGUGCGGAUGGCGAUAUGGGCACUGCAGGCGUGAGAGUCACAGGAGAGUCAACGACCGGUCUCCUCAGUGGCGUCGGUGCAAGCAGUAGUAUCCGGAACUUACUCCGCGGCGCCACUGCCGACCAUACGGCCUGGUUCCGCCAGUUGGACGAAGACUUUAUCAAGCCGCACUUACUACUUGAUCAGCAUCAGGGGCAGGGCAAGGGCCCCUCACCCGUUUGA